UCUUGAUAGGUGAUCGAGUAAGGAUCGCAAUAUGUCAACAUGUGUUUGCCUCCAUUAUACAUAGUAUAUGUGCCGGAAGGGGAAGAUUGACUUUGUUUACCUGAUACAACAUAAGUUUCACGGGGGAUUCCUCAUGUCGUGGUCGCAACUACUCUGAUGUACACGAAACUAGAAGAUACCAAGAUGAAGCGUCUUCUCAACAGCCGGAAGCUCUGAAAAACGAACCGCGCCUUGUCAUUACAGAAAGACAAGUUCGUUGUCGACGGUUACUGGCCGAACCUUGUCAUUACAGAAAGACAAGUUCGUUGUCGACGGGCACGAACAAGACGACGGAAAGAUGAGCCAGAAGGACAGGGCUUGCUGCCUGCCCUGUGACGAAGCAUUAAGGCCACUUUAAGCUUUCUUUUGUCAUCACCCAAACAGAAGAAGUAAGAAGAGAGAACACUAGAUCAUGUUAUAAUUCAUCUCUCAGUAUAAGAUUGAAGAUGAUGAAAGCCACACCUUUCUCGCUGAUUAAAGAUGAUGAAAGCUACAACUUUCUCGCUAUUUUGAUCUUGUUUGAGGUUCUAAUAAGAGUACAGGAGCAGAAAGGCUCUGCGAGUCGAGCAGCAGCUCAGGGACUACCAGAAGAGUACAACGCAUCAGACCUGGUUUUCGAAGCUGAAUACUAUUCGUCUAUAGUUAUGUCUAACCUUAUGCUGAAUACUGUCCGUCUAUAGCUAUGCAAGAACAUUUUUUUUAUGCGGAAUACUUACACUAUUCCUUCGUCGAUAGCUUCUUGUGCGUUUUUCACAUUGAGUUUCUCUCAUCAUCUCUUCGAAGGUUCAUUUGAUCUUUUCUAACGUACGCGGAGCAAGCGGCACUAGUUCUUCGUCUCGCGCACCUAUACUAACUGCUGGGACCACCAAAGUGAAGUCGUCCACCUUAACGAAGGAACCAACGUCGGACCUCUAUCCUGCUGCAUUGCCAUCGUCUCUCUUUCGAUCGCACGACUGUGGAGGAAGCAGCGUUCACCCAUCUGCGUUCGAGGACUUGAUUCAAAAAACCGUCCCGUUCGAGGUCUAUUUUUCCACAGCAGCAACUGCAAAUGAGGUAGGUGCGGUUGGGCUUGGGAGAGAAGUUAUAUGGUGUAGAUCAUCUGCAAGAAGAGCUAAUCAUCAAGUCUUUUUUCGACUUUGACCGUUCUCGUAAUAAUGAGCUACCCGAAGAACAGGAGGAGUAUUCAAAUCUAACUUCCUCCUUUUUCACCCUGAAUAUUCCGGAGAUUACGCUAGCGCAAAACGUGCAAAGAGACCCGACUGUAUUCUAUCGUGUGCCUCUCGGUUUCGGACUCUGGGACGCCGCACAUGCUUUAAUGGUGGCCCUCUUUGAGGGGAAAACCCUGAGUGCGUCGAUUAUGAUGUGAAAUAUCAGUUCUUGUUUUGGAAUGUGUAUGUGUGUGUCGUGCGUUCGUUCGCUGCUCAGAAGUACCCCAGGGUUCCUUGAGGUCGUUGUGAAUCAACAGGAUAGACUAUAGACUAUACAUACUUAGACUAUAAUUGUGUGUAAGUACUCAGUCAGCCAAGAAAGUACAUCAUGUCCAUCUAAUCCUUCCUCCAUCGCUGGUCGAUCUGUGAUUGAAUUAGGCUGUGGGGCCGCACCGUUACCAGGCAUGGCGGCUAGGGUCCUAGGCGCUUCGGAAGUCAUAGUCACCGACUACCUACCACAACUGGUAGCAGCUGCGCAAGAAAAUCUCGAUAGUAAUGCGAGUAAACUGAUGACGUCCACCUCUGCUGGCAAGAAGAAUUUGAAGAUUAGCGCCUGUUCCUUGCCUUGGGGUGUCGAUCGCGAAGACUUAGCGAGAUUGCUUUUCCCAGAAGGAAACAAGGAAAGCCAAGCAAAAGAACAACAAGAACCACGAAGCAAGACCUUCGACGUUAUCUUAGGUGCUGACGUAGUAGCUGGGGAUCACAAGGACGAAGAUGCACACCGGGAUGUCAUGCGCUUACUCGGCAAGACAAUAAUUAUGGCUCGUCUUCUUUCAUUGGUCAUAGAGGUCGGCCACUGACAUCGAAGAGAGUCCCCUUGCGAGAACAGGGGAAAAUGAAGGGAAAGGGGAGAGCCUGAGCCUUGGAGGGGGUCUCUUCCGUUCAGAGUCAUGAUGACCAAGGAAUUGAGCUUUAAGAUAUACGAUUUGAGCCACCCUGGCUCGUUCCUUGUGCUCAGCCACACUGUGCGAUUGCCUGGAAUUGAAGACUACUUGAUAUACCAAGUUUUACAGGAGAAGUGGGAUUUGAUGUUAUGGUGGAUGGGUUACAUAGGGAAUCGUCAACUGAGUAUAGCUAGUCAGAACUCAGAAGUAGACACUUAUAGCUCCACACUUAUAAUAUAGCUACACACGAGGCACCAUGACAUGACAUGAGUAUCCAUCGGUAAUGAGUUUCAGGCUAAUGGAGAGCCACGACUAGUUGUGUUGCCCGCCAUACUGGAGACAUUGUGCCUGUGUAUCAAAGGUAACAGGUGUCUAUUGACAAUCUUCUAAUUCCAACCGUUCGUGAGGAUGAUACGAUCGCAAGAUGGCGUAAAUAUGGACGUGUGGCUCACAACGCAUCCACAAUGCAGGCUGGUGGGGAUGGAACCGGGAAGCUUUUGCUUCUGCUUUUCAAAAAGAAAGACGAUGGAUUAGAGGAUUGAAGAAGUAGAUGUGAAGAAGUGCGUGAAAGUUGUACUGGUGUAGAAUUUUGUUUGUCGUUAUAAUAUCUUGUGUGAAAUAGCAUCGUGCUGAGCAACAUCUACAACGCCCCUAAGGCAGUCUGCACUGAAGUUCUGCGAGAUUUAUUGCAUUGCGUUGUAUCCUCGUGCUCGUUCAUAGAAGAGCAAGGCUAUACAUAGUAAGUUCCGAGAACGAAGGAGGUCAGGAAUGCGACAUUGUAUAGUAAACGAUAACGAAGAAGAAGAUUUUGUUUGUUCGUUCGACCCGACAUGAUGCCAUUACAGAUUUUUAACAUGACCGGUAUCAAUCUGUAAAGUGAUAUUCGCGAAC